AUGCCUGAGGAGCUGAGGCUCCAGGAAGAGAGCGUGGAACGGCACCAGAUCAACAUCUACCUCAGUGACCGCAUCUCGCUGCACCGCCGCCUGCCCGAGCGCAGGAACCCGCUGUGCAUGGAGAAGAAGUAUGAGAAUUAUGAUAAAUUUCCCACUACAUCUGUAAUCAUAGCCUUUUAUAAUGAAGCCUGGUCAACUCUCCUGCGGACAGUUUACAGUGUCCUUGAGACGUCACCGGACAUGCUUCUGGAGGAAGUCAUCCUUGUUGAUGACUACAGUGAUAGAGAGCAUCUGAAGGAGCGCCUGGCCACCGAGCUGUCCAGCCUACCCAAAGUGCGCCUGCUCCGCGCCAACAAGCGGGAAGGCCUGGUGCGGGCCCGGCUGCUGGGGGCGUCUGUGGCCAAGGGCGAUGUGCUGACCUUCCUAGACUGCCACUGUGAGUGCCAUGAAGGAUGGCUGGAGCCACUUCUGGAAAGGAUCUACGAGGAAGAGUCUGCAGUGGUGUGCCCAGUCAUUGAUGUGAUCACCUGGGACACCUUCGAGUACCUGGGGAAUGCCGGAGAGCCCCAGAUCGGUGGCUUCGACUGGAGACUGGUGUUCACGUGGCACGUGGUGCCCGAGCGGGAGAGGAUACGAAUGAAGUCCCCCAUCGAUGUCAUCAGGUCUCCAACAAUGGCUGGUGGGCUGUUUGCUGUGAGUAAGAAGUAUUUUGAGUAUCUCGGGUCUUAUGAUACAGGAAUGGAAGUUUGGGGAGGAGAAAACAUCGAGUUCUCCUUCAGAAUCUGGCAGUGCGGUGGGAGCCUGGAGAUACACCCAUGUUCUCACGUUGGCCAUGUUUUCCCCAAGAAAGCUCCCUACUCCCGCAACAAGGCCCUGGCCAACAGUGUCCGUGCAGCCGAAGUGUGGAUGGAUGAAUACAAAGAGCUCUACUACCAUCGUAACCCCCACGCCCGCCUGGAGCCUUAUGGAGAUGUGACCGAUAGGAGAGACCUUCGCAUAAAGCUGCGAUGCAAGGACUUCCGGUGGUUCUUGGAUACGGUGUAUCCAGAACUACAUGUGCCUGAAGACAGACCUGGCUUCUUCGGGAUGCUGCAGAACAAAGGACUAAAAGAAUAUUGCUUUGACUACAACCCGUCCAGUGAAAACCAAGACUUUGACCACCAUGUCACUUUGUACCACUGUCACGGCAUGGGCCAGAACCAGUUUUUUGAGUACACAUCUCAGAAUGAAAUACGCUACAACACCCAACAACCAGAGUCCUGCGUAUCCGUGGCCACAGGAUCAGAUAGUCUCCUUAUGGAGUUAUGCAAGGAUACACCCCCCGAGGAGCAGAAGUUCAUCCUGCAGGAGGAUGGUUCUAUAUUUCACGUCCAGACCAAGAAAUGCGUUCAGGCUGAGAGGAAACCUCUUAGUGACAUUUUCAUGCCACUUUUACGGGACUGCACCAACUCAGAAAACCAGAAGUGGUUCUUCAAGGAGCGCAUGGCCUAG